GAUGGUGCUCCUGAUGAUGGUGGUUGUUUGCCUCAAUGGGUGCUUCAUGCUUGAACAGCCCUUCUCAAGCUAUUUUGAAUUCUACCCUCGCUUCCGGGAUUUCAUUGCUAUGCUGCAAAAACAUGGAGGUCGCCAUGCUGUACAUAAGGCAGCCUGGUACAUGUUGCACUAUGGUGGGCCCACACCGAAACGACAUUAUGCAUUCAGUAACUGCCGCCAUGUGGCAAAUCUGAAUGCUGGCAAGCUGAGGGGAUGGGCCAGGGUGAAGAAGGCUCUCAAACAGGAUGGGAAGCUUCAAUCCUUGGUGGAUCACUAUGUGGACAAACAGGGCAAGAAACGGUGGAAGGGAAACAAAUCCCUACGUGCCAGCGAGCACUAUCCUGCAAAAUUUGGUGCCAAGCUGGUUUCCUUGUUCAAGGAUAUGACCACUGACCACCUUGGAAUGCCUACCUUGCCACCCAAGAUCCCGACCGCUGCUGAGACCUUUAACAGCCUUAAAUUCGAAGAUCUUUGGGCUGAAGCUGGCAUGCAAUCAGUGUGUCACUAUCUUAGGAGCAGUGUCCACUUGCGGGUUCCUGAGGAGUUUGCAGGCCUUUUACCUCGGAAGCUUUAA